AUGUUCGACUGGUACAGGAAAGCAGCCUGGUGUUACGUGUACCUGUCUGAUGUCUCUAGCCAGCCUCUCGGCUCUGAUCAAGACAGCUCCACCAACACCGCGUUCCAGGUCCUCUGGGAUGAAGACGCAUUCCGUUCAAGUCGAUGGUUUACCCGCGGCUGGACAUUGCAGGAGCUUCUUGCCCCGGCUUCUGUCCAGUUUUUCUCCGAAAACGGUAGUCUGUUAGGGACCAAGGCCACACUUGCACGAUUGGUAAGUGACAUCACAGGCAUCAGUCGAAGGGCUCUGCAUGGACGCCCCUCCGACUUCGAUGUUGAGACACGGUUCGCUUGGGCCAAGAAUCGUGACACUCAGCGACCGGAAGACCAGGCAUAUUGUCUCUUCGAUAUCUUCGGCGUGCGCAUGACGCUGCACUAUGGAGAGGGAAUGGAAAGCGCCCUUGCACGCUUGCGCAGGAAAAUUGACAGGUUGAAUGACAUACCGCAAGAUUCAGAACUCUCUGAAACGGAGCCUGCUUGGCUUCUAUACGUGCCACCAAAGAUGUGUCGGACUAAAUAUCUGAGCUUCGAGGUUCAAGUUCAACGAAAUUCAGAGACAUAUGACUUGAUCGCUUUCAAUAAAGCCAAUGUUGAGAAGCGCCGCUGCCAUACAGUUCUGCAUCAGUCCGGCGAAGAACUGAGUCAUUUACCACAGGACUUUCAGCAGCGAUUUCGGAGAGCAGAAGCAGAAGUCUUGGAGCGAAUCGACCUAGAGAAAUGGCGGUUUGUGUAUUGGGAGGAACGUCGCUGUGGCCCCUUGGUGGCUACUAUGUGCAAGUAUAUCUCACGCUUACCUAAAAAUGUCCAAGGGGUCCUGGACAAUGAGGUUGGAGAAUUGAUCGGUGGUCUACUUCUCAUACCAACAGCACCAGCAUUUUUACAGGUUGGGCUCUUGGAAAAUCAGAUUUUCGAAUUCGAGUUCAUUCUAGAAAAACGCCACCAGAGGUAA